AUGAAGAAAUCUAUACCUGUUGGUAGACGCACCAAAACUGUACAACCAUUAUGGGUGAAGUGGGACGAACUUGCACAGAAGAACGGUGUACGCCAUACUGUGUACUCUGUAAACGGUGACCAGUUUACGGGUGAAUGGUUCAACAAUAUGAAACACGGCAAAGGAACUUACAAAUGGAAAAGCUCUGGAAAUAUGUACGACGGAGAUUGGAGUUAUGAUAAAAGAAAUGGAUUUGGAACCCUAAGUAUUCUAGAUGGUCAUGGCGGUCUCCGGAAACAGUAUGCUGGUGGAUGGAAAAACAACAAAGCACAUGGAUAUGGUUCCCAUUUUUACAAUUCAGAUGAAUAUUAUGAAGGUGAAUGGUAUUGUGACAAAAGGAGUGGCUGGGGUCGGAUGUAUUAUGCUGAUGGCAGUAUUUAUGAAGGAGAAUGGUAUGAUGACAUGAGAAAUGGACAAGGCAUGUUACGGUUAGCAAAUGAAAACCGUUAUGAAGGUUUGUGGCAAAAAGACAUGAAAAACGGCCGAGGAAAGUUCUUCUUUCUUGACUCUGGCCAAUUGUAUGAAGGUGUUUGGGUUGAUGACAUACCAAAAUGUGGAACAAUGAUUGAUUUCAGUAGAGACAGUGCUCCUUACCCUACUAAAUAUCCUAUACCUCAGGUUGAAGUGAAAAAUUCCGAUUCCAUUCUUAUUGCUUCUGAAAAAAGCUUUCUACCCGAAUAUGAAUAACACUGAGGACAUUUUCUUAUUUAUACUGUAAUUUAAACAUCACAUUAAAACUGCAUGUACACACACACACACGUGCGUGCACAUGUGCACGUACACACAUACAUACACACUCACACAUCUGAAUAUACAAAUAAGAAAUAAAAGUACUCAAUACAAAUGAGUAUAUAUAUAUAUCUUUAUAUAUAAAACAUGUUUAGUGAUCUGCUAAAAUGCAUGAUAAGUUACCAAACAAUUUGGGGCUUAAUAUUUGAUUCACAUUAUACUCCCAUAUUCCUAAAAUGCAUUCUGGCAUGAAUCAAGUGGCAUGAAUCUGGAUUCAGGUUAUAAUGUAGAAAAAGAAGCCACAUAUGGUGGAAAUAAUAACAGAAAAAUAAUGA